AUGACUGGUACUUUAUCUUCUGGAGCAUCUACUACAAUGUCAUCCUCCUCCCAAUCUGAAAAUGUGUUGAAGCGUAGCUCGGAAGAUGUGGGAUGGGAAUAUGGGAUCUUGGCAAAUCCUACAAACUCAGAUAAGGUGAAAUGUAAGUUGUGUGACAAAAUCAUUAGUGGUGGAGUACAUAGAUUAAAACAACAUGUAGCCAACAUAAGGGGAAAUGUAGCGGCAUGCACAAAGUCUUCGGAUGAAGAUAAAGCCAAAUGUCGAGCCGUAUUAGAAGAAGCAAAAAAUAAGAAGAAACAAAAGGAUAAGCACAUUGUGGAAGUGAGGGAAGAGGUGCAACUUCAACAAAUUCAAGAAGAAGAAGACAUUGAAGUGAUUGGGUUAAGGAAAAGGCCUCGCACUCUUGGACCUAUGGAUAAGUUUGCAUCCUCCAUCAAUCUCGAUUCUUCAAAUGAGGGAAGUAAGAAGACUCGACAACAAAACAUCUAUGAUGCAAUUUGGAAAGAAAGAACACAUCAAGUGGAUCAAUAUCUGGCUCGAUGGGUGUAUGAAGCCGGUAUUCCUUUCCAUGCUAUUGAUAAUGAUAGCUUCAAGUGUGUGAUGGAAGCGAUUGGUCAAUUUGGCCCGGGUUACCUACCUCCAAGCCAAUAUGAAUUAAAGGAGCCAUUAUUGAAAGAAGAGGUAGAAAGAGUAAGAAAGUCACUCAAGAAACAUGAAGAAGAGUGGGCUUUGAAUGGUUGCUCAAUCAUGACCGAUGCUUGGAGUGACCAAAAAAGAAGAAGCAUAAUGAAUUUAUGUGUCAAUUGCAAGGAAGGCACCAUAUUUCUUUCUUCUAAGGAAUGCUCUAGUGAAGCACACACCGGGGAAUAUAUCUUCGAAUAUGUUGACAAGUGUGUUGAAGAAAUUGGGCCUCCAAAUGUAAUUCAAGUGGUAACCGAUAAUGCUUCUAACAAUAUGGCGGCAGCAAACAUGAUGAAAAAAAAGAGGCCGAAUAUGUUUUGGACAUCAUGUGCCACUCAUACUUUGAAUCUCAUGCUUCAAGGGAUUGGUAAUCUCCCUAAGGUUCAAAGGAGUUAUUGA